AUGGAUCCCAAUAACAAUCCCAACAACCGCAACAACAUGAAUUACGGGUACAAUGACCGCAACUAUAACGCGGCUAACAGCCGCGCCUAUCCCACCACUCCGUCCGCUUUCCCCCAGCCAAUUUAUCAGACUCAGGGGGCUCAGGACCACAUUGACCCCUCAAACCCGGCUUAUGCUCCUGGAUACUUCAUGGCCAGCCCAUACCCGCCCCAGAACCAAGCCCAGGCCCAGGCUCAGUAUGUUCAACAGCAGCAAUAUGCGCAGCAACAAAACCUGCAGUCGCCGCAGCCCGCCUACCAGAACCGCAUGGGUUAUGCCAACGAUGGUACCAACGGUCUGAUCCAGCAAUUUUCCAACCAGGAUCUCAAUGCCAAUCGUGGGGGUUUCUUCGGUCGGACAAAUCAGCCAGCUCAGCGGCCUCGUACCGCGGGAGGCUCUCCAGCUCCAGGCCAGGCCCAGGCCGCACACCUGGUCCCUCCCGUACCUCGCAGCCCUCGCCCGCCGGCGGAGAACGAGGAAUUGCAGCGAUUCCCUGACCGGUACUCUGAGAAUGUCCACAAGCGGGGUAAGGCAGCGAAGGAAUUGGUGACGGUCUUUUUCCAUGAGAACAUCGAGCGUGCCCGGGAUCGUAACAUGCGAUCCGUGGACCUUGACAAGACCCUACGGGACCCCAACGUUGCUGCUGAGAAGAAGAAAACGGAUGCCGAAGUGAUUUCGAAGAGAGAAUCAGACUUCCUCCGAUUCCUCCGAACCAAAGAAACCCCUCAAAACUUCCAGACAAUUAAGAUUAUCGGAAAGGGUGCCUUUGGUGAAGUGAAAUUGGUGCAGCGCAAGACGGACGGGAAGAUUUAUGCCCUCAAGUCUUUGAUUAAGACGGAGAUGUUCAAGAAGGAUCAGCUUGCACACGUUCGUGCUGAGCGUGAUAUCCUGGCGGACUCGAAGGAUAACCCUUGGCUGGUGAAGCUGCAUGCCUCAUUCCAGGACGCGGCUUACCUAUACCUGCUGAUGGAGUUCUUGCCUGGUGGUGAUCUGAUGACUAUGCUGAUCAAAUACGAGAUCUUCUCCGAGGAUAUCACUCGAUUCUACAUGGCAGAGGUUGUCAUGGCCAUUGAAGCCGUCCACAAGCUUGGUUUCCUUCAUCGCGACAUCAAACCAGAUAAUAUUCUUCUUGACCGUGGCGGCCACGUCAAGCUCACCGACUUCGGUCUCUCGACCGGAGGAAAAAAGACCCACGAUAACGCUUACUACCAAAACCUCCUCAAGAACUCAACAUCAAAGGACCGCAACCGCAACUCCGGUUACUUCAACGAUGCCAUCAACCUGACUGUCUCCAACCGUGGUCAGAUCAACACCUGGCGAAAGUCUCGUCGUGCCAUGGCGUACUCGACUGUCGGAACUCCCGACUACAUUGCCCCCGAGAUCUUCAACGGCCAAGGAUACACAUAUCUGUGCGAUUGGUGGUCUGUUGGUGCUAUCAUGUUCGAAUGUCUUGUUGGCUGGCCCCCGUUCUGUGCUGAAGACACCACGGACACUUACCGCAAGAUUGUGAACUGGCGUGAAUGCCUAUACUUCCCUGAUGAGCUGGUUCUCUCGCGUGACUCCGAGGGAUUGAUUCGGAACUUCUUGUGUGACCCCGAGCACCGUAUCGGUAGCGAAGGUGGUCAACAUGGUGGCGCAACCCAAAUCAAGAACCAUCCCUUCUUCCGGGGUGUUGUUUGGGAGCAGCUACGACACAUUCGGGCUCCAUUUGAGCCGCGCCUCAGUUCGAACAUCGAUGUAUCUUACUUCCCCAUUGAUGAGAUUCCACAAGAGGACACCAGUGCUAUCCACCGUGCUCAGGCCCGUGCUAUGCCAGAGUCCCAGGAGGCUGAGAUGAGUCUGCCCUUCAUUGGGUACACCUACAAGGCUUUCAAUGCUUUCCAGACAACCUAG